AUGUCGCGGCCUGUUCCUGUGGUGAAGGCCUUCCGCCCCAUCUGGCGGCGGAACUUCUCUGCCUCGACCUCCAAGAGUGCCAUCAACAAGCUAUGCGGCUCCGCCGAGGAGGCCGUUAAGAACAUGAAGGGCCCUGCCACCGUCCUGGUCGGUGGCUUUGGCUUCUCCGGUGUUCCUAACACUCUGAUCAACGCCGUGCGUGAUCGCCCCGACAUCAAGGACCUGACCGUCGUCUCGAACAAUGCCGGUAUGCCCGGUGCCGGUCUCGGCCAACUGCUCGAGUCUAAGCAGAUCAGCAAGAUGAUCGCUUCGUUCAUUGGCGAGAACAAGGUGUUCGAGAAGAUGUAUCUGAGCGGUGACCUUGCCCUGGAGUUGACUCCCCAGGGCACCAUCGCUGAGAAGUGUGCUGCUGGAGCGGCUGGCGUUCCGGCUUUCUAUACCCCCGCGGCUUACGGUACUAUUGUGCAAACUGGUGAACUCCCCGUCCGGUACAACAAGGAUGGCUCUGUGGCCGAACGGUCCAAGCCUAAGGAGACCCGCACUUUCAAUGGCAAGGAAUAUCUCAUGGAAGAAUCGAUUUUCGGUGACUACGCUCUGGUUAAGGUUCACAAGGCCGACAAGCUUGGUAACUGCCAGUUCCGCAAGGCUAUGAACAACUUCAACGAGGCCAUGGCCAAGAACGCCAAGGUUACCAUCGUUGAGGCUGAUCACAUCGUCGAGGUUGGCGAGAUUGACCCCGAGAGCAUCCACCUUCAGGGCAUCUACGUCGACGCUGUCAUUCAGAGCACCGGUGAGAAGCAGAUCGAGAAGCUCACCUUCGCUAAGGACCCCAGUGAGCUGCUUAAGGCUGGUUCUGGUGAGGCUACCGCCCGCCGUGAGCGUAUCGUCAAGCGUGCCGCCAAGGAGUUCAAGGAUGGCAUGUACGUCAACCUCGGUAUUGGUAUUCCCCUGAUUGCCCCGUCCUACCUUCCCGAGGGUGUCGAGGUCGUCCUGCAGGCUGAGAACGGUAUCCUGGGCCUUGGUGGCUACCCCAAGCCCGGCGAGGAGGACCCCGACCUGAUCAACCCCGGCAAGGAGACUGUUAUCCUCGGCCGUGGUGCUUCCCUGUUCGGCUCUCAUGAGAGCUUCGGUAUGAUUCGCGCUGGCAAGAUCGAUCUCACCAUGCUGGGUGCCCUGCAGGUUAGCCAGUACGGCGACCUGGCCAACUUCAUGCUUCCCGGCAAGGUUAAGGGUAUUGGCGGUGCCAUGGACCUGGUUGCCAACCCUGAGAAGACCAAGGUCGUUGUUACGAUGGAGCACACUGACAAGAAGGGCAACCCCAAGAUUCUGGCUGACUGCUCCUUCCCCCUGACUGGCCCCCGCUGUGUUUCGAAGAUCAUCACCGACCUGGCUGUCUUCGAUGUCAGCACCACUGAGGGUCUGACCCUGACUGAGUACGCCGAGGGCGUGACUGUUGAGGAGAUCCGCAGCAAGACUGCCGCUCCCUUCAAGGUCGCUGAGGACCUCAAGCCUAUGCUGUAA